AUGAGCAUUGCCCGCAGCCUCCGGUCCUGUGCUUGCCUUGCGGAGGCACGGCAGCUCCACGCUCGAAUCAUCGGCAGUGGAAGCGGCUUCUUUCUCGUCAAUCUCUUGAUCCAGGCGUACGGCAGAUGUGGCAGCCCGGAAGAGGCAAGGAUGGUGUUGGACCACGAGAUCCAAGAGCCCAACAUCUUCUCGUUGAAUUUCAUGAUCCAGGCAUAUGCCCGGAAUGGGUAUACUGCGGAGGCCAUGGAUUUCUUUCACCAGAUGCCGCGGAGGGACGUGGUUACCUGGACGUCAAUGGUUGCGCUUUUUAUGCAUGCAAGGCACAAGCAAGAAGCUCAGACAUUCUUCUUAAAAAUGCCACAGCGGAAUGCAAUCACUUGGAAUGUGCUACUCGCAGCAAAUGCCCAGAAUGGAGAUGAGAGAUCUCUUGCAAAGGCUACCUUUGAUGCUAUGCCCGCUCGGACCAUCAUCUCUUGGAAUACAAUGCUACAGGCGGGGUUGGAUCCGUGCGCAGUGAGUGAUGUGUUUCACAAGAUGCCAGCGCGUGAUGGUGUUUCCUGGGACUUGGCAGCCUACCACAACCGGGAUGCCAAACACUGGUUUGACAACAACCCGGAGAAAUCCCAUGUCUCGUGGAACAUCCUCCAUGCACGAACGGAUGAUUUAGAGCACUGCAAACUUGUCUACGAGAGAAUGCCCGCACACGGGGUCCUGUCGUCCACUGCCAUGAUCCAAGAAUUCUCUUUGAAAGGGGAGAUCAGUAGAGCACAAAGUGUGUUUCAUUCGAUGCAUGCGCGCAGCCUCGUCACAUGGAACACGAUGAUCUCAGCGUACUCGCAAGCGUUUCAGGUACGUCAAGCACAAGAUCUGUUUGAUCGAGCUCCGCAGCGAGAUGUCAUCUCUUGGACUUCCAUGUUUCAGGCUCUUGCGACCUUCGGGAAACUUUCGGAUGCCAAGGCGGCAUUCGACGAUAUGCCGGAGAAGAAUGUAGUUUCCUGGACGGGGUUACUACUUCUAUACUCUCGUGCCGAGAGCCUCGACCGUUCCAAAGCAGCGUUUGAUCGAAUGCCCAGGCACGACCUUGCUGGAUGGAACGCCAUUAUAGCAGCGUAUGCUCGAAACGGGCAUCUCAAGGAAGCGAGGCAGCUCUUUGAAGAGCUGAUGCCGGAGAGAGGAACUUGGUCUUGCAGUUGCUUGAUCGAUGCCUACGCGCGGCACGGCCAGCUGCAAGACGCGAAGAAACUCUUUGAUGAUCCUUUGAACACCAGAGACGUUGCCUCGUGGAACUCCAUGAUGGAGGCGUAUGCCCUCGACGAGCACAGCACGGCGACCAUCCAGCUCUUCCGUGAGAUGCAGCUCGACGGUACCACCCCGGACGGCAUAUCGUUUACCACCAUUCUGGCGGCAUGCAGCCACCUUGGGCGUCCACAGGACGCGCAGCGCUACUUGGAGUCCAUGGCCGGUGACUAUGGACUAGAGCCGGAGCGAGAUCACUACAUCUGCGUUAUAGACAACCUGGGACGAGUGGGAAGGCUCGAACACGCCGAGGAGCUCGUUAGUUACAUGCCAUCUCUGGAGCUGGACGGUGGCCAUUUUGCCUGGAAAACAUUGCUAGGAGCUUGUAGGAACCAUGGCGAUCUGGGACGGGGAUGUUACGUGGCCAAGCACGCUCUAGAGCUGGAUCCGCAAUGGGCAUCGCUUUACUCUCUCCUAUCAAACAUUGUCGUUGAAUCAUUGAAUGCUCAAGAAUGA